GUGGCGACAUCGAUUCCCGGUCUAGUCCCGAUUCGACAUCCGACUCGGCAUCGGGCCGGUCGGGAUAUACGCGCCCCGGCCCCGGCUCACACCGCCGCUCAUUACCCGCGCCCGCGCCCGCGCCGUCGAACACUCAAAACUCGCCUCCAACCUCCUUCCAGAAGCGCGCCUGCCGCCCUCGAAGGAACUCGUCCCUCGUCGUCGUCGUGGUUGACGUGGAGUGAAGAUCCAUCCCGACUUGGGGUUGAUUUUUCCGUCGCAGGUUGCGAGGAGCUGAAUCAAAGUUCCACUCCAAAAUGUUUUACGGGGGAUAUGCUUACCGUGGGACUAACUUCGAGCAAACAUAUCGUUGUUAUCCAGCAUCCUUUUUUGAUAAGCCACACCUGGAAGGUGGUGACAAAGUAAUAAUGCCACCAUCUGCCCUUGAUCGUCUGGCUUCCCUGCACAUUGAAUACCCUAUGUUAUUUGAACUACACAAUGAUGCGGCUCAACGGAUUUCACACUGUGGUGUUUUGGAGUUUGUAGCAGAAGAAGGCAUGAUCAUCAUGCCCUAUUGGAUGAUGCAAAACAUGCUUCUUCAAGAGGGUGAUACUGUUCGUGUAAAAAAUGCGACCCUUCCCAAGGGUAAAUAUGUGAAGUUGCAACCUCACACAACUGAUUUUCUGGACAUCUCAAAUCCAAAAGCCAUCUUGGAGAAAACCCUAAGAAAUUUCUCCUGCUUAACCACAGGAGACGGCAUUAUGGUAGCUUACAACAACAAACAGUAUUAUAUAGAUAUUGUUGAAACAAAGCCCGCUUCAGCAGUUAGCAUCAUUGAGACAGACUGUGAAGUGGACUUUGCACCUCCCCUUGAUUAUAAAGAACCUGAGAAACCACAGCAACCCACAGUUCCUGCAAGCAAGGCACCUGCUGAAGGUGGAGACACUAUAGUUGACGACAAACCAAAAUUCAAACCAUUUACUGGUUUUGGAAAGCGUUUGGAUGGUAAAGCUUCAAAACUACAAUCACCCAAGGUUCCUUCCAUUGCAUGUUCUGCACCUUCAGAUUCAAACAAAAGAGCAAAUCAGCAAACAUCAGGACCGGCAACUUCAGGAGCUAGCAAUUCCAGUCAUCAGAAAACAGGAAAGCUUGUUUUUGGUUCAAGUGCAAGCAACAGUAAAGAAUCACAAAAGGCUCCUGUUAAAGGCGAUGAACCCCCGAAGGAGUCCAAGUUCCAAGCGUUUACUGGGAAGAGCUACUCCUUGAAGCGUUAGCUGCUAUUAUUACAGUUAACCUUUGGAAUCAGCCAUCAACCUCUCGUGCUUGGAGUUCGUCUGUUUCCUGUGGUAGCUGUAGACAACUGCGUCUCAAUUAUCCUUCCUUUCCAUACCUCUGAUUCGCAAGCAUGUAGAUAUAAAUUAUAUAAAUAUGCUUAUCAUGAUGGGAAUAUUGCCAUAUACUCCGUAUCUAGUCAAGUACAAGUAUUUCUAACGAUUUGCUGUUA